AUGGCAAACCUGCCUGAGUGUCCGAAUUAUUUUCCUAGCUCAGCCCCCAGCCAGGGCCAGGGCAAAAAAGGAGAAGCCGCGUCCAGCACCGUGGACAGCUCCACGGCCCAGCAGGAGCCUCCACCCAUGGGCUGGAGGGCGGUGCCUCCGGGGAAACAGCCCAUCCGGAAGGCAGGGCUGUCCGAGUGGGUUCGGGAGCACACGGGAGGGUCCGAGCGGACUCGGGAGCUCACGGGAGGGUCCGAGCGGGCUCGGGAGCUCACGGGAGGGCCCGAGCGGGCUCGGGAGCUCACGGGAGGGCCCGAGCGGGCUCGGGAGCUCACGGGAGGGCCCGAGCGGGCUCGGGAGCUCACGGGAGGGCCCGAGCGGGCUCGGGAGCUCACGGGAGGGCCCGAGCGGGCUCGGGAGCUCACGGGAGGGCCCGAGCGGGCUCGGGAGCUCACGGGAGGGCCCGAGCGGGCUCGGGAGCUCACGGGAGGGCCCGAGCGGGCUCGGGAGCUCACGGGAGGGCCCGAGCGGGCUCGGGAGCUCACGGGAGGGCCCGAGCGGGCUCGGGAGCUCACGGGAGGGCCCGAGCGGGCUCGGGAGCUCACGGGAGGGCCCGAGCGGGCUCGGGAGCUCACGGGAGGGCCCGAGCGGGCUCGGGAGCUCACGGGAGGGCCCGAGCGGGCUCGGGAGCUCACGGGAGGGCCCGAGCGGGCUCGGGAGCUCACGGGAGGGCCCGAGCGGGCUCGGGAGCUCACGGGAGGGCCCGAGCGGGCUCGGGAGCUCACGGGAGGGCCCGAGCGGGCUCGGGAGCUCACGGGAGGGCCCGAGCGGGCUCGGGAGCUCACGGGAGGGCCCGAGCGGGCUCGGGAGCUCACGGGAGGGCCCGAGCGGGCUCGGGAGCUCACGGGAGGGCCCGAGCGGGCUCGGGAGCUCACGGGAGGGCCCGAGCGGGCUCGGGAGCUCACGGGAGGGCCCGAGCGGGCUCGGGAGCUCACGGGAGGGCCCGAGCGGGCUCGGGAGCUCACGGGAGGGCCCGAGCGGGCUCGGGAGCUCACGGGAGGGCCCGAGCGGGCUCGGGAGCUCACGGGAGGGCCCGAGCGGGCUCGGGAGCUCACGGGAGGGCCCGAGCGGGCUCGGGAGCUCACGGGAGGGCCCGAGCGGGCUCGGGAGCUCACGGGAGGGCCCGAGCGGGCUCGGGAGCUCACGGGAGGGCCCGAGCGGGCUCGGGAGCUCACGGGAGGGCCCGAGCGGGCUCGGGAGCUCACGGGAGGGCCCGAGCGGGCUCGGGAGCUCACGGGAGGGCCCGAGCGGGCUCGGGAGCUCACGGGAGGGCCCGAGCGGGCUCGGGAGCUCACGGGAGGGCCCGAGCGGGCUCGGGAGCUCACGGGAGGGCCCGAGCGGGCUCGGGAGCUCACGGGAGGGCCCGAGCGGGCUCGGGAGCACACGGGAGGGUCCGAGCGGACUCGGGAGCACACGGGAGGGUCCGAGUGGGCUCGGGAGCACACGGGACCGAGCGACCAGUGCCUGGCCCUCUCUGAGCGUCAUCCCAACGCCAGGGUAGGGGGUGAGUGUGCCCAGCUCCCAGGCUGCUGCGAGGAGUGCCCGCCGGGCCGGGAGCCCGAAGCCAGCAGAGGUGUGGCCCCCGUGCUGACGGUGCCCCCACCGCCUGAGAGGCUCCUGGGAGACCGGCACCGCGGGCCCCAGAGGGACACUCCCACCCCAACGUCUCACAUGGCAGGAGCCACGCAGGCGUCCGGUGACCCGGCCACCUCACCAGCACGCGGCCUGUUCCGCUCCGAGGGCUCUAUCCGUUCCUGCUGGCGGCACCGAUACCCGCGGCGGCUUUACUGCGUUGCUCUCGUGGGAAAAGAGGCCGAGCUCUCUGUGUGGGUGUUUGCCGACUGCCGGUCUCCAAUCUCCUCCUGCAUCUCGGAAUCCAUGAAGGACCUGUCCUACCGAAGGGGCCCUCAGACCUCUGCCCACCAGGACAGACCAGCGCACCCCCCCACCAUCUUCCUGUGCAAGUCCAACAUCAGCCAGGCGGCCCUGGGGCCCCAGGCGCACAAGCUGUUCUUGGAGAAAGCCUACAACGCAGCCAUCUGCUUCAAGAUGCUCCGAGACCUGAACGGCUCCGACCCCGUCCGCCUGAAGUACAUCGUCAAGAAGGUCCAGAGCAUGGCGUACAAAGCCCCCAGCCUGGUGCUGGAAACCAUCCACGACUACUUUGCCGACAACCCUGAGAUCUCCGACCGGCACAAGUUCCGGCUGUUCCACAUUCUGGAGACCAUCAUCGGGGCCAGUGACUCCCUGGAGGAGACCUGGGUGCAGGCCUUCAUGAGACUGGCCCUGGAGAACAUGACCAAGUCCACGCCUGUGUCCUUCGGCCGCUGGUCUCUGGGCUUUAUCCGGUCUGUGAUGGUGGCUUUUCUUAUCUCCCACUUCCGAGGCCUGCCCGGCGCUCUGGCUGCCGGGGCGGCCAGCAACGUGCUGGUGGCCAUCUGCAGGCACUCGUGGCGGGCGGGGGCCCAGCACCUGGAGGCCGAGGUCCUGACGGGCGUGUUCCCGCACCGCAGCCUCCUCUACGUGAUGGGUGUCCUGACCUCUAAACAGGAGCUCUUCAACCAGGAGGAGAAGGUGUGCUGGGAGGAGUGGCUGACCAAGGUGGCCUUCAAGUCGGCCCAGUUCCUGAAGGUGGACGUGUGGUCCAAGGAGCUGCUGUGGGUGCUCACCAGGCCUGACCGGACCCUCCAGGAGCAGGCCCCCGAGAAGGCCUUCCUGUUCGUCUUCUACGGGCUCAUCCUUCAAGCCGAGGACGACAGCACCAGGGUCAGGACGCACCUGGGCACCCUCCUGGGGACGUCCCACCAGUGGCCGAAGCAGAGAGAGGGCAUCGCCCUCACGGUGGGGCUGACGGCGGUCCGCCACCUGGAACACGUGUGGGCCGCCCUGGAGCAGUUCGGCCGCAGCUCGCCCAUCAAGUGCAGCCUCCACAGCUUCUCCCCGAAGUCGUCGGAGGACCUGCGGUGGAAGUGGGCCAGCAGCACCAUCCUCCUGGCCUACGGGCAGAUGGCGGUCAAGGCCAAGGCCCACAUCCUGCCGUGGGUGGACAACAUCUUGUCUCGGAUGAUCUUCUUCUUCCGCUACAGCUCCUGGGUUUUGAUGGAGAAGGAGCCCAAGGACACGCUGUGCACAUCGACCCGCCAGCAGACCAUCCACAUCAUCAGCAGCCUCUGUAAGCUGAGGCCGCCCCUGAACCUGGAGAAGAAGUCACGGCUCCUGACCGUCUGCCUGCGCAGCGUGCUGGCCCUGCCGCUGCUGGACGUGCUGGAGAAACACACCUGCCUCUUCCUGGAGCCGCCCAACAUCCAGGUGCGCCCGCCGCCUCUCCCAGGGGCCCCGGCCGCCCACCGGGCGUGGUGCCACCUGGCGGUGUCUCGUCCCACACAGAACCUCUACAACCAGACGGCGGAGGCGCUGGACCAGAUGAUGCAGACCUUCAUCACACAGAACCCCACGGCGGAGGAGCUGCACUUCCUGCUGUCGCAUCUGUAUGUGUGGCUGGCGUCGGAGAAGGCGCACGAGCGGCAGCGGGCUGUGAAGAGCUGCAUGAGCCUCCUCAGAUUCCUGAGCAAUAACCUCUACCUGGACCCGAAAGAGGACUUCAAGCGGCUCGGGCAGCUGGUGGGCAUGCUGGGGAUUCUGUGCCAGGACCCCGACCAGGCCACCCAGCACUCCAGCCUGGAGGGCCUGGGCCACCUCCACCAGCUCCUGGUCCACCAGAGAGUCUGGAGCAGCGGAGACCAGAAGGCCGCACCCCCCGCGCCCCGGGCGGUGGUGUUCCCGAAGGACCAGCUCUUCCAGCUGAGCAGCCACCAAGUCACCAAGGAGGUCAUGCAGCUUCUCACGCAGGCAGAGCUGACCGACCUCAUCUGGACGGCCGUCGAAGGCCUGGGCUCCACCAGCCCCUUCCGCGUGCAGGCGGCCGCCAGCCUGCUGCUCACUGCCGUCCAGGAGCACGGGGCCCAGCUGGAGACUGUUGCCAACCUGGGCCAGGCCAUCCACCUGCAGCUCUGCUCCGUCCGCAUCCCCCAGGCCAAGGAGGAUGCUCUGCAGGCCAUCACCCUGCUGGCCCGGAACCACACCCCCGAGCUGGUGGCCGCCUUCCUGGACUUCUCCGUCACCCUGGACAGCAUGUCGCUGGAGGCACUGAAGAGCUUGCUGUUCACCACCGGGCACUGUCAGGACUUUGCCCGCCUGGAGCUGCAGGACGCCUGGGACCUCUUCACCACCCUGGACACCUACCCACAGGGUGUGGGCCUCCUGGCCAGGGCCAUGGUGCAGAGCCCCUGCAGGCAGAUCAAGGCCGUGACUAGCCAGCUGCUGCCCAGCCUGCAGAGCCGGGAGGAGCGGGCGAGGAAGGUGGCCAUCCUCAUCCUCAAUGAGUUCCUCUACAGCCCGGCCCUGCUGGAGGUGCUCCCCGAACCGGACGCCCUGAUGGUGCUGGCCCAGAGCAUCAGGGACCCCAGCCCCGCGGUGCGGGUGCUGAGCCUGCAGGGCCUGGGGAACAUCCUCUUCCACCCCGAGAAGGGAAAAGCGGGGUGGGGCCUUGGCAGGGCAGGAGUGGGUCUGAGCCCCCACGGGAGACAGGGAGCCUGCCCACCUGGGAGCCCUUCCCGCGCCAGCAUGCCCUCCUCUGCCGCAGGUUAUACCACCUGCUACCACACCCGGGCCCUGUCCCAGGCGGUGAGCGACGCGGACCUGAAGCUGCUGCUGUGUACUUUCGAAAACCUCAAAAAGGACCGGGAGCCCAGCGUCCGGGUCUUCGCCACCAGCCAGAGCCGCUUUCUCCAGGAGCUGGCCGCCGGACGGCAGUGACCUCCGCCACCUCCCCCACCCCCCAUGCCGCCACCUGGUCCGCCCGGCCAUAGGCAGAGUUUGGUAGCGUACAUUUUUUCAUUUGAAAGAAAGAUCUAGAUUCAACAAAGAAGCGUCACGCCUGUCCGCUCCCUGCCCACCCUCCCUGGGCCCCCAGGGGACACUGACAGGACCAGGGGACAGGGCCAGGCCUGGGUGUGGGGCAGGACAGGCCGGUCCUCCAGAGACAAGCGGAAGUCUGUGCGGGGCCUGCAAAGGACAGCCCCUCCCCGCCCGAGCCCGCACCAAUGCCGCCAGGGGCCCUGGGCUCCGGUCUCAGUCUUCAGCGUGUCUCCGCUUGGAGCCCAUAGUUACCAAGGAGGGGGCUGGCGGUGAGGAAGGGGUCCCUGGGCCGAUGUCCCCCUCCACCUUCACCCCCAUCCUGAGAUGAGGAUACCAGGCAGACGGGCCCGGGGGAGGCAGCAGAGCAGCCUGGGCCCAGAGUCAGACCUGCCCGGUGGGGCCUGGCCCCCCACUCAGAGGCUGAGGCCAGAGGGGGUCCUUCCUGGCAGGUCGCUGACUCCCUGGAGACCCAGCUGACCUCUGGGCCCGGGUUUCCCACUCUGCCCCUCCACACCCCCAACCUCAGAGGCCCAGCCUACCUGUCCCCUGUGCCCGGCCCCUCCUC